GAUCCCCACAAUGAAAUAACUCCAUUCAGAGACUGGCGUGACUGGGCUGGGUUUCCCCCAACCUCCCCCAGCUCUUGUAUCAUUAAGAAUCUGGCAGCCAGUCCAGUCCUGACAGAGUUUACAGCAUAUAUUGGUGGAUUCUUGUCCUCAGUGCAUCUGCUCAAAGAAUUAACGAAAGCAGUGUCAAGACAGCAAGGAAUCAAAACUUUUGUGAAAAUGAACCAGAGUACAUUCACUCUUUUGUUGGCAUUAAUUGGUGGUGCCAGUGGCUAUUACUAUGAGGACUACGAGUUCUUCCCCCAAUCAAUCUAUGGCUACUCAUCAUUCAACUGUGCGCCAGAAUGUAGCUGUCCUCUGAACUAUCCAACUGCCAUGUACUGUGAUAACCUGAAACUGAAAAGCGUGCCAAUGGUGCCUGUCGGAAUCAAGUACCUUUACCUGAGAAAUAAUCAGAUCGACCACAUCGAUGAAAAGGCCUUUGAAAAUGUAACUGAUCUGCAGUGGCUCAUUCUAGACAACAAUUUACUAGAAAAUUCCAAGAUAAAAGGAAAAGUGUUCUCCAAACUGAAACAACUGAAGAAGCUGCAUAUAAAUUACAACAACCUGACAGAGUCUGUGAGCCCACUUCCCAAAUCUCUGCAGGACCUGCAACUCACUCAUAACAAGAUCACAAAACUUGGCUCCUUUGAUGGACUGGUAAACCUGACCGUUGUCCAACUUCAGUACAAUCAGCUGAAAGAAGAUGCCAUUUCAGCUGCAUUAAAAGGCCUUAAAUCAUUGGAGUACCUUGACUUGAGUUUUAAUCAGCUCAGCAAAUUGCCGAGUGGUCUUCCUACAUCUCUCCUAACACUCUACUUAGACAACAAUAAGAUCAGCAACAUUCCUGAUGAGUAUUUCAAGGGGUUCAAAGGACUGCAGUAUUUGCGUUUGUCCCAUAAUGAGCUGGCUGAUGGCGGAAUACCUGGGAAUUCCUUUAAUGUGUCAUCCCUUCUGGAGCUGGAUCUCUCUUAUAAUAAGCUUAAAAGCAUACCAACUGUCAAUGAGAACCUGGAAAACUAUUAUCUGGAGGUCAAUGAACUUGAAAAGUUCGAAGUGAAGAGCUUCUGUAAGAUCCUGGGGCCGUUAACCUACUCCAAGAUCAAGCAUCUGCGUCUGGACGGCAAUCGCCUCACCCACACAAGCCUGCCCCCCGAUAUGUAUGAAUGUCUACGCGUAGCUAAUGAAAUCACCGUGAAUUGAUAGCUUCUGAUUUCAGUGAUAGUGAGGCAUCUUCUGGAGCAAAACUUAAUGGCUAUGUUUUUUAUGUCACUUUUUUGUAAUGCUUCUAACUCCUAUAAAGUUUAAAGUUUGAGGCAAAAAUGUUUUGUAAACAUUUUAUCACUGUUAUUUUUAGAAGCAAGAUGAAAGGCAGGCCUAUUUCAUCACACACAUACACACGUAGAAUCCAAACUUACUACUUGGUUGGUAAAUUUAGUAUUUUCUAGAUAGAAUUCUAUGUAUAGCCUUUUAUUAGUUGCAUGGAAGUCAGCCAAGUUUUCUAAUUUCUAAAUCUUAAUGUAACAAAAAACAUGGACUAUACAAAUGUAUUUUAUAUUUUGAAUCAAAUCAUAUCAAUAUGUUAAAUUUGUCUCAAUAAAAAGUGGAGGGCAUAUUUUGAGACCAAUAAAUUUGAAAAUUCAUUAGACAAAA